CAGAUCGACGAUGUGCUGCAUGAAGGAGGCGGAGCUGCAGAGAGGAAGAGGCGCUACAGAGAGGAAGAGGCGCUACAGAGAGAGGAAACCGCAGAGCCGAAACCGAAGCAACGCAGAGAGACCCGGAGGGAAACGGAACCGAGUCGAGCGCAGCGUCGGUGCUGAAAGCUGCCCGGAUCUCAUCUGACUGAACUCUUCGGCGAAAUGGAGAAAAAAGAUGGAGCCAGACAGAUCCCCAGCGCCUGGAGUGUUCCGACCUCCAGUCCACCCAGCUCCGAUACAGCGGACAGUUCUGCAGGUUCUCAUGUGGAGUGGUGUAAGCAGCUAAUCGCAGCCACCUUAUCCAGUCAGAUCCCAAGAACAGCGCCACCAGAUGUUCUGAACAGGGAUACCAGGGUGUCCAGAAGGCUGAGUUCCUGGAACCGUCCAGCUCUGGGAUUUGGAACGCUCGUCAAACUUUCACCCAACCAAGUGCCUCUUCUGCCAGGAGAAACAGUUCAGAUCACAGUUAAAGAUGUUAUGUAUAUCUGUCCAUUCAGUGGUCUUAUCACUGGCACUCUGACCAUCACUGACUACAAGCUCUACUUUACUGGUUCGAUUAAGGACUCUUCUUUUAUUCUUGAUGUUAACUUGGGAGCUAUAAGCAGAUUGGAGAACAUUAAUGUUCCUAACCAAGAAGAUGACACCAAGGGAAUGGAGUUGGUUUGUAAGGACACAAGGAGCGCCAGGUUUACCUACAAACCAGAAGAGAACCAGCCAGAGAUUGAAGAGGUUUUGUCCAAACAUGCUUUCCCUCUGUCCUGCAGUCUGCCGUUUUUCGCCUUCAAGUACAAGGAGCAGUUUCCUGUGGACGGAUGGAAGGUCUACGAUCCGACAGCAGAGUACAACCGACAGGGUCUACCCAAUGAGAGCUGGCGCAUCAGUAAGCUGAACCUCCACUAUGAGCUGUGUGACACCUACCCCUCCAUCCUGGUUCUCCCCAGCAACAUGACGGAAGAAGACACACAACGCGUGGCGUCAUUCAGAGCCAAGCGCCGCCUACCGGUCUUGUCCUGGAUCCACCCGGAGUCUCAGGCCGCUGUGGUGCGCUGCAGCCAGCCGCUGGUCGGCCCUCUGGACAGCCGCUGCAAAGAGGACGAGCGCUUCCUCCAGAGCAUCAUGGACGCUAACGCGCAGUCCCACAAGCUCACAGUCUUCGAUUCUCGACAGACCAGUGAAGCCCUGUCCAGCAAGGCAAAAGACGGAGGAUAUGAAAAUGAAAAUUUCUAUCCCAACAUUGAGCUUAUUUUCCUGGAAAUUCCGAAUAUCCAUGUGAUCCGGGAGUCUCUCAGGAAGAUGAGGGAUGUAAUUUAUCCGACUAUUGAUGAGGCCCGCUGGCAUUCUGCCAUUGACCAGACUCACUGGCUGGACUAUCUACGACUGUUACUGUCAGGAGCGGUGAAAAUAGCCGACAAGCUGGAAUCUGGGAAAACGUCGGUGGUGGUCCACUGCAGCGACGGCUGGGACAGAACGGCCCAGCUCACCUCCCUCUCAAUGCUGAUGCUGGACAGCUACUACCGGACGCUCCGCGGAUUCCAGGUUCUGCUGGAAAAGGAGUGGAUCAGCUUCGGACACAAGUUUGCUUCUCGCGUCGGACACGGUGAUGAGAGCCAUACUAACACAGAGCGCUCCCCUCUGUUUGUUCAGUUUAUGGACUGUGUUUGGCAGAUGACCCGACAGUUUCCCUCGGCCUUUGAAUUUAAUGAGCUGUUCCUCAUCACCGUCCUGGAUCAUCUCUACAGCUGCCUCUUCGGCACCUUCCUCUGCAACAGUGAGCAGGAGAAGUUAGCCAAGGAGGUUCAAACCAAGACAGUGUCCCUGUGGUCCUACAUCAACAGCCAGCCCAGUGAAUUCACCAACCCGUUCUACCUGGUCUAUGAGAACUGCGUUCUGUAUCCGCUGCUCUCCUCCAGACACCUGGAGUUGUGGACCAGCUACUAUGCCCGCUGGAACCCACGCAUGAGGCCACAGGUACCAGUGCAUCAGACGCUGAAGGAGUUGCUGUUCCUCAGAGCAGAGCUGCAGAGGAGGGUGGAGGAGCUGAACACACAUCCAACGCCUGAACACCCGAGGCCUCACACAGGAAGCUCACUUCACUCUGCUGUCUGAGACACUGAAGUGUCCUAUCCAAAGUUUUGACCCAGUAAAUCAAAUGAUAGGGACAACAAUGUUUUCAGUUGAAGAAAUUCAUUUUUUUUUUUCUCAAAUAAAAUGUGUAAAGUCAAA